AUGAACUGUCCCAACACUGUUGGCGCAGUUGCAAGCCGAUACGCUUUCCUUCUCCAGCAGCUCUGCUCUCCUCGCCAAACCCCGCUCUCUGCCUACCUCGCCCGGACCGUCCAUGCCCACGCAGUGGCUUCCGGAUUCAACCUGCGAGGCCCCAUCUUGAACCGCCUGAUCGAUAUAUACUGCAAGUCCGGCCGGCUACGGCAUGCCCGCCUACUGUUCGACGAAAUUCCUCACCCGGACAUAGUGGCCAGAACGACGAUGGUCACUGCCUACUCUGCUACCGGAAACGUUAACCUCGCGAGGGAAGUGUUCGGUGGAACUCCCAAGGGGAUGCGCGAUACGGUGUUCUACAACGCGAUGAUCACGGCUCAUUCUCACGACAAUGAUGGCAAUGCUGCCAUCCGGCUGUUCUGUGAGAUGCAGAGGGACGGCUUCCGGCCUGAUAAUUUCACUUUUACAAGUGUUAUCUCUGCGGUGGGGCUUGUUGCGGAGAGCGAGAAGCACUGCCAGCAGUUGCAUUGUGUGGUUGUCAAGUCGGGAACAGGGUUUGUUACGUCAGUGUUGAAUGCGCUUGUGUCUGCUUAUGUGAAGGUUGCAUUGUCUCCUUUGGUGGCGCUACCGAAGUCAGUGAUGGGUUCGGCUAGACUGUUGUUUGAUGAAAUGCCUGUGAAAGAUGAGUUGUCGUGGACGACAAUGAUCACUGGUUAUGUGAAGAAUGAUGACCUUGAUGAAGCGAGGGAGUUGUUUGAUGGGAUGGCGGAGAAAUUGGUGGUUGCUUGGAAUGCGAUGAUUUCAGGUUAUGUUCAUAGAGGGUUGUUGCAGGAAGCUUUCAAGAUGUUUAAGAAGAUGUAUUUAUCUGGAGUUCAAUUUGAUGAGUUUACAUACACAAGCAUCAUAAGUGCAUGCGCCAAUGCUAGUUUCCUUCUCCUCGGCAGGCAGAUACAUGCUUACAUACUCAUCUCAGGGCCUAAACCUAAACCAGGUUUGCAUUUGCCUGUGAAUAAUGCAUUGCUCACUUUAUAUUCAAAAUGUGCUAAACUUGAUGAUGCCCGACUCGUAUUCAAUAAGAUGCGGGUGAAAGACCUGGUAUCAUGGAAUGCGAUGUUGUCAAGCUACGUCAAUAGUGGUCGCAUGAAUGAAGCUAAGGAAAUCUUCCAGGAGAUGCCAGAAAAGAACCUUCUGACAUGGGCUGUGAUGAUAGCAGGGUUAGCACAGAAUGGACUUGGUGAAGAGAGUUUGAAGCUAUUCAACCUGAUGAAACUACAGGGUUUUCAACCAUGUGAUUAUGCAUUUGCUGGAGCUAUUACUUCAUGUGCUGCACUUGGAUCAUUGAAGUCUGGACGCCAGCUCCAUUCUCAACUCAUCCGGCUCGGUUUUGAGUGUAGCCUUUCUGCGGGUAAUGCACUGAUUACCAUGUAUGGAAGAUGUGGCGUUGUAGGGGAUGCACGGAAUCUAUUCCUCACCAUGUCAUUUGUAGAUUCAGUUUCAUGGAAUGCGAUGAUUGCAGCCCUGGGCCAGCAUGGGCAUGGUGUGCAAGCUGUUGAACUUUUCGAAGAGAUGCUGAAGGAAGGUAUAUUGCCUGAUCGCAUUACCUUCCUGACAGUUCUCUCUGCUUGCAGCCACGCGGGUUUAGUCGAGGAAGGACAUCGAUAUUUUGACGCAAUGCACGAUAUUUAUGGCAUUACCCCAGGUGAGGAUCAUUAUGCCCGCAUGGUUGAUCUGCUCUGCCGGGCUGGAAAGUUCUCAGAUGCAAAUGAUAUGAUAGGGAAAAUGCCCUUUCAGCCCGGCCCACAGAUAUGGGAAGCUUUCCUUGCAGGUUGUCGGAAUCAUGGGAACAUGGAAUUGGGAAUCCAAGCUGCUGAGCGGCUCUUUGAGAUGAUCCCUCAAAACGAUGGUACCUAUAUCCUUCUGUCAAAUAUGUAUGCUGCAAAGGGGCUUUGGGAUAAUGUGUCGAGAGUUAGGAAGCUGAUGAGAGACCAAGGGGUUAAAAAGGAGCCUGCAUGUAGCUGGGUUGAAGCCGAAAACAAGUUCCACGUAUUCAUGGUCGAUGACACUGCACAUCCUGAAGUUAAUGCUGUCUACAGUUAUCUGAAGCAGCUCGUCUUGGAAAUGAGGAAGUUAGGGUACGUGCCAGACACAAGAUUCGUUUUGCAUGAUAUGGAAUCUGACCAAAAGGAGCAUGCUAUUUCUACUCACAGUGAGAAACUUGCAGUUGCUUUUGGGCUCCUGAAACUUCCACGAGGAGCCACUGUUAGAGUGUUCAAGAACCUAAGGAUAUGUGGUGAUUGCCACAAUGCUAUCAAAUAUAUUUCAAAAGUUGUGGGGAGAGAGAUUGUGGUGAGAGAUGGGAAGAGGUUUCAUCACUUCAAGGAUGGUGAAUGCUCUUGCAGAAAUUACUGGUAG